AUUGCUUUUUUUAUAUCCGGCUGCUGGUGAUGACAUCGCGCAAAAUGCAUGUGGAAAUAUCGAUCGAUUUCGAGCAAGAACUGUGUACAGCUGUCCCGCUCUGCUAAAAAUCAAGGACACGAUAAACGAGGAUAAGCAACUCCAGUCGGCGUCGGAGGUUAUCGCUAAUAGCAAGAGGGGGUAAUCCUGAAGUUAAAUUUGGUCAACGGAUAAACUUAUAAUGAAUGAAGAGAAGUUGAAAGCAAGCCUAACUAAGUAUUUUGGAGAAACGACAGGAAAAGUAACCCAAGGAACAACCGAAGAUGAAAUCAACCGUCUCUAUGCUACAAGGUCAAGGACAUAUGACCAGGAACAUUCGGCGGCGCGCACUGCCUAUUUCAAGCCACUAGCCGAAUGUUUGCACAACGCCCUCAAAGAUGUUUUCCAGGACAAACCAAAUGAUCAGAUCAAAAUCAUUGACGCUGGAGCUGGCACAGGACUCAUAGGAGUUGAGCUUAAGAAACUCGGUUACACCGACCUAUGUGCUCUGGAUAUCUCAAAUGAGAUGUUAGACGAAGCCAAGAAGAAAGAGAUCUAUACUGAAUUCAUCUGCACGUCUUUGAACGGGCAGCCGGUACCUCAGAUUAAAUCAGAGCAAUUCGAUGGUUUGAUUUGUGGUGGGGCGCUCAUUACAGGACGUAUCGAGUCAUCUGCUUUCGUGGAGAUGAUUAGAAUGGUUCGAACUGAUGGCGUCCUCUGUUUCAAUAUUAUGAAAGAGGAAUUAGUGGAACACUAUCAAGACAUGAUGACGGAACUGGAGAAAGCUGGGAAAUGGAUAUGCUUGUCCAAAGAGACUUUACCUUUCUAUGCCGCCGAGGACUUGCCCAACGAAUGCUGGGGGUUCGUUUACAAAGUGUUGAAAAAUUAACAAACAUAUACCAGGACAGUAAGUCCAGCUCAUGCAGGAUCAUACUGGAAAUUAUAUCUUCUAACUGACUUAUAUUAAAAUAUCAGUCUUAAUUUCUUAAUUUCUGUUAAUCCAAAGCAAGUAUUUAAAAUAAAUCAAACUGCCUGACUAAUAUUGUAUUGAUGUUGUAAUUUACGUUUUUCGCACGUGCCAGUACAGGGCGAGCCCUUGGCCAUUUGGAAUUUUAUUUUACGGAAUAAAAGAAUGGGUUUUAGC